AUGAUGGUCACACCAUCUACGCCAAGGCGAUCUACUCGAGGAACUUUAUUCACUCCUUCACCGAGUGUAACGCCUUCGAUACGAUCACAAGCCAAUACCAGUUAUUCAUGGACAUCUGCACCCCUUUCUUCUACCUCUUUGAGCAACAAUGAUGGAAACACACGAUAUAACUCAUAUAGUAGGAUAAUAUCACGCAAUGGAUCCACACCACUUCGGCUGGGUCCUGGACUCGGAGUCGGCACGGCAAGUAAAAAGGUAAAGGCUGGAAAAGGUGAUGAGGAAAGUCGAUUCACAAUUGGAGACGGUGUUUUAGUGGCUAUAGAAGGUGGUGAUGAAGGUGUUGGAGUCUUGAUUGGUUUAUGGGAAGAUCAAUCUCAAUCUCCAUCUAGAUCUCAUUCUCAAUCUGAUAAUAACGGCGAAACGAAUGAACAAGAUGAAAAUGCAGACGACGAAGAGGAAGGGGAAGAGGAAGAGGAAAAAGGUCCAAAGAUGAUGGCUGAGAUACAUUGGGCAUUUAGGAAACAGGAUUUACCAGGAAUAAUGAAGAAUGUCAAUGUAGAAGAUAAUGAAGUCCUUUUAGCAGCUUCAAUAAGUCGUAGAGCUGUGACAUCUAUAAUCCCAAUUCAAUUCCUCAUACGUACGAUACCUAUUUAUUCCAAAUCAUUCUACAGGGAUCAAUUCCCAGAAACGGAAAUGAAAUCAAAAGUGAAAGGAUGGUCGUAUAUCCGUCAAGGUAUUUAUUGGUGUCAUCGAGCAUUUGACAAAUUCGCUAAAGGUGGUAAACAUUGGAAAAUUGAUAUUGACCUUUGGAGAGAAAACGGUAAAAAAAAUGGUGAUUGGAAUGUCAACUCAUCUUCUAUCAUCAGAGAUGAUACAAGUUAUCAAUCUGAUGACGAUGGAGAUCAAGACGAUCAAAGUGAAGAUGGAAGUGUAAAACCUGCUUCGGUAAAUGAGGAAGACGACGACGACGAUGAUGAUGAAGAAGAAGAAGAAGAAGAUGAAGAAAUCUUCAAACCUGGUCAUCGUAAGAGAAAAAGACCAAAUGUAAUCAAUCCAAGAAAGAAAACAAACACCAAAACAAAAACGAAAUCGAAAAAGAGUAGUAAAAACAUAAAAUCAACACCACAAAACAAGAAAAGGAAAAUACAUCCUAAAUCAUCUUCGUCAAAUCUACCUUUAUCCGUUUUAGCUCCUGAACAACUACCUAUCGAUCCAUAUCAAAGAGCGUUAAGAUUAUUACAUGUCGGAGCUACGCCUGAGAGUUUACCAUGUAGAGAAGAAGAAUUCGUUGAUGUGCUGAGUAGAGUUGAAGAUGGUGUUGAAAGUGGUGGUGGUGGAUGUUUAUAUAUAGCAGGUGUACCGGGAACAGGUAAAACAGCUACAGUUCACGCAGUAGUCAAAGAAUUAAAACGCAAAGCUGAAGAUGGAGAAUUACAACCUUUUUCAUACGUUGAAAUUAACGGGUUGAAAAUACCUUCUCCACAACAUGCCUAUGUGGUUUUAUGGGAAGCUAUAAGUGGAGCUAAAGGUGCUUCUGCUAAAACCGCUUUGAGAGGAUUAGAAAGUCAUUUUGGAAGAAAAACCGGUAAUGGUGUUAGGGGACCUAGAGGGCAUACGUUCGUCGUGCUCAUGGACGAACUCGAUCAAUUGUUGACUGCAAAACAAGAUGUAGUGUAUAACUUCUUCAAUUGGCCUACAAUGAGAGACUCUCAAUUGUUCGUUGUAGCAGUUGCGAAUCGAAUGGACUUACCACAACAUCUAGCAGCCAAAAUCAAGUCUAGAAUUGGACUUCAAACGAUCCUUUUCCAACCGUAUGAUCGUACAUCAUUGAUAUCAAUUGUACAAUCGAGAUUGAUCCCUCACCCAUCCGCACCAUCUGGUGAUCCGAAAGUGUUGCUUCCUGAUGCAAUAGCAUUAGCGGCUACUAAGAUGGCUGGAACCAACGGAGAUGCAAGAAGGGUAUUGGACGCUUGUAGACGUGCAGUCGAAGUUGCGCUAGAACCACCAUCAUCAAAUCAACCAACAAGCACAAACAUGACGCCAAUCACGAAUGGUAAAGUGAAUCAUCCUCAUCCAGUUACAGCAAAAGAAAUGAUGUUUGUCCUUCAAGCAAUGUCAGCUAGUCCAGUAUCAAAAUUCAUAGGAGGAUGUUCGAUUCAACAGAAGAUCAUGCUAGCUUCCUUAGUCAGAUGUAUAAGAAGAGAAGGUAUACCUGAAAUAAUCUGGAGAAACGUUAGAUCAGAUCAUGAUGUUUUAUGCAGAAGUGGAAUCUUAGAAGACACCUCGAUAUCAAUCCCAAUCGUAAUGUCAAAUGGAGGUAACCAUAACAAUAAGAAUGAUGAUAACGAUAAUGAUAAUGGAUAUGGAAAUGAAGUUGAGAAUGGGAAUGGAAUAUUAUUAUCCAAUUCGGAACUAUCAUUAGUUUUAAAUAGUCUGAUCUCUUCUCAUGCUCUGAUCAUCUCGUCAGAAUCAAAUAGAUCAAACGAAGAAAGGAAAAUCGCAUUGGGAAUGGAAGUUGGUGAGGUUGGAAGAGUGUUAAUGAAUCAAGGUGAAAGUUGGAGAAGAGCUUUGGCUGGUGUAUAG